AUGAUCAUCAGAUGCAUGUCUAUAGAUAACGUAGCACAAUGGACGGAUGAGACACCAAUAUGUUUUAAAAAGAGUUGUCAAAGCACUCAGUUUCCUGUGCCCUCUAACGGUGUUGCAACUACUACUUAUCUGGAUCCUGAUACCGAUUUCGCCAUUCUGACCUUCUCCUGCAACCCUGGCUAUAAGCUAGAGAGAAUAGAGCAGUCUCAAAUUACUUGUCGAAAUGCUGUUUGGGAAGGAACUCUGUCAGAAUGCAUUAAGACGUGUUCAGGAUCACAACUAGAGACGCCGUCUAACGGUAACAGUGAACUUUCCUUCCUAAAUCCAGAGGCAGAUGAAAUCAUUCAGACAUUCCAGUGUAACGUAGGUUAUCAAUUAGAUUCUGUGGACACAACAGCCAUAUGCAUAGAUGGGAAGUGGAUUCCAGAAACUCCUCCUACCUGUUUGCCAAAAGAUGAUCAAUUUGUUAUAAACACAAAUGGAAGGCUCGAUGGUCGAGAGAUAUCAACAGUUGAAAAAGACAGUAUUUACCUGGACUGUAUAGUGCCAGAAAGUCUUGGUGAUCCAACCUGGACGAAGUUAGUCGAUGGAACGUUAAAAGUGACCGUUAAUAGUUUUCGAAGCCGUAUGCAGUUCCCGACGAUUGGCUUAUCAGACGCAGGCAUCUAUUGCUGUUCUGUUGGCCAGAAUAAUGAAACCAUACACAUAUCAGUGAAGCCGUUAAAUGAGAAUUGCACGGACGAUUUAGAAUUGCUUAAUGGUGAAGUCUUAGGAAAUCGUUUGAGUGGCAAGUACUACACCGGCUAUGAACGGAGUUUCAGGUGUGGAAAAGGCUUUAUUCUCAAUGGCGAUGAAAGUUGCACGUGUCAAACCAAUGGCUGGGAUUGUCAAUUACCGAGCUGUCUACCAGAUCUUGCCUUUGAAUUGAGGACUACAUCGAUGGAAAGAGUGAACCAAACAAACGUCGUUGUAUAUGCCGGAAGUGACGUAGUAAUCGACUGCUCGGUUGGUGACUCCAGCGAAACUUUAUUUGAAUCUGGAAUCUUUAAUUGGUAUAGAAUAAUGGAAAACCAACAAAGAGUGGUUGAUGGAUUUCAUGAGUUCAUUUUAAAUAAUGAACAGUAUCUAAGAUUGGCGAUUAUCAACAUCCAAAGUAGUAGUGAAGGAUGGUACGCAUGCGCCUCUCCUAUUCAGUCAAUCUCGCUCUACAUCCAAGUCAACAGUAAGUCAUUACUGAAAUAUUGA